CCGCGCGCGCUACAGACCCUCAAGUACUGGGGGAAGAGUACGGGAAGUCCACACAUCGCCUUCUCGGCUUCCGUAGCUCGCACAGGGUCUGGGCUAAAGGGCAGCGCUCACACCAUGCAGACUGUUAAUGCAGAAAGUAGUCUUGAGGAGCUGAAGUGACAGGAGAGGCAAGAAUGACGGAAAAUAGGAAUAAUUGCAGUCGUUGUGGUAAAAUGAGUUUCCUGAGGAGUCAGACCACAGUUUUCAUCCUUCUCGUGGUUGUAUCUCUUAAUGUCAGCUCAGCUCUGUUGGGAAAGAUGAAAACAAAUCCCAAAAUUCUAGUGGUGGGAGCAGGCGCUGCAGGAGUUGGGGCAGCCACCAAACUGCUCAAGAAUGGAUUUCAUAAUGUACAGAUUGUAGAGGCAGAACCACACAUCGGGGGGCGCAUUAUAGGCACCAAGUUCGGACAAUCUUGGAUUGAUCUUGGAGCUCAGUACAUCCAUGGAGCAUCUCCCUCCAAUCCUGUGUAUGUAAUGGCAAAAGACAUGGGCCUGCUGAAUGACACAACCGAAGAAGAAUCCGAAAGCAAAGGAUGGAGAGUUUUUAGCCAACAGAACAAAAAGAUUGAUAACGCCUUUGCCAAACAAGUCUAUGAAUUUGGUGAAAAUAUAAUACUCAACAGUUACACCCUAAAGAAAAACUAUACUCAAGGACAGAAUCAGAGCAUGGGGGAAUAUUUUGCCACAAAGAUCCAGGAGCUGUCAACCAAUUGGAGCAGUGACCCUCACCGAAGCAAGGAGGUGAAUGGGAUCUUCAGCUUGGUCAUCAAGAACUACCUUCUAGACAUAGGAACCAGUGAUCUUCAAGAUGUGGGUGUGGACGCCUGGCAUGAAUUUGGACCUGUGGAAGGGGGUGAACUCAACCUCCAGGGGCACAUGCAUCGGAUUGUAGAGAAUUUGCUGAGGGACUUUCCAAAGGAAAACAUUCUGCUUAGCACGCAAGUGACAAAAAUUGAGUGGAAUGGAUCGUUCCAGAGCAGCGAGGAGGAAGAGGAGAACCAGUAUCCAGUGCGUGUGCUUUGUGAGGGAGGGAAAGAGAUCCUUGCUGACCAUGUGCUUCUCACCAUCUCACUUGGUUGCCUGAAGGCACUGGCGUCCACUUUAUUCCACCCCCCACUCCCUUCGGAAAAGACUCUAGCAAUUGAGACGUUGGGGUUUGGCACGAUGAAUAAGAUCUUCCUGGAGUAUGACACGCCAUUCUGGGAAGAGGGCGUGGAGGAAAUCAACCUCAUUUGGGAAGACGAACAUCCUGGCAAUGCAAUAAUCAGUGAACCAAAAGAAUGGAUUCGGUUUAUACCGUGGUAUGAGGUCAUGCCACGAGAAAGACGGCAAAAUCUUUUAUCCACCCCACUCCCUUCGGAAAAGACUCUAGCAAUUGAGACGUUGGGGUUUGGCACGAUGAAUAAGAUCUUCCUGGAGUAUGACACGCCAUUCUGGGAAGAGGGCGUGGAGGAAAUCAACCUCAUUUGGGAAGACGAACAUCCUGGCAAUGCAAUAAUCAGUGAACCAAAAGAAUGGAUUCGGUUUAUACCGUGGUAUGAGGUCAUGCCACGAGAAAGGUUUAACCAUUCACUGAUCGGCAUGGUAGCCGGAAGAGCAGCUGAAUAUAUGGAGACCCAGAGUGAAGAGGAGCUGGCUUUAAACAUCACUCAGAAUUUCCGGGAGAUCUUAGGUAACCCUUCCAUACCACAUCCCAAAAAGGUUUUCUACACUAAGUGGCACUCCAACCCAUACACCCGCGGUGCAUAUACAUACAGAACCGUGGGAGCAAAAGGCUCGCAGUUUGAUAUACUGGCUGAGCCUUUACCUAAGGACAAGAGCCUGUCCACGCAGAAACUGCAGAUCUUGUUUGCUGGAGAAGGAACAAGUCGCAAUUUACACAGCACUGUCCAGGGAGCCCUCAUGUCUGGAUGGCGAGAGGCUGAACGGCUCAUGAAGUUUUACCAGACCCCUGGUGCUUCUGCUGAAAGUGAAGAGGCAACCCCAGGUACACAGUAACUUGGCUGACACUUGAUGGGACUGAAAACCUGUCACAGGAAAGUGACUGAAACAGAAACCUGUCCCACCUCUGUUUAGUUAUCAGCUAAUCAAGGAGUAAGUAUUCUUCAUUAUCCAUCAUGGCCUCCUUGCCAGCCGUCCCUGGGACACAAGAAACUUCACCUACUGCUAUGCCCACGGCUUUCCUCAGCUACAGUUUGAAUGAGUUGCAAGUGAGAAUCCACACUGUUCUGAUUGUCAUAAUCUUUUCUCUGGUCUGUUUCCUCCUCCUGCUGGCUUUUUUCUACGCCUUUUGCUUCCGCUGCACAAUUGAUCCAACGACAAAGGACCCCCAGUCCCGCAAUAAAUGCAGUUUGGACCGAGAGGAUGCCACCUUCCAGAGAAGUUCUUCACCCUCCAUGACCAACUCCAUUUAAUCAUUUAUUGAAAAGACUUGGAAUUGUGAAGCCCAGUGUUCUUUUUUUUUUCUAGGAAAA